AGUCUUUAUAUUGAUGCUAAUAUUUUUUCAGGGGCCGGGCCUUCGGGUCUCGUGGCCGCCAAGUCUCUUCUCCACGACGUGCCCAGGGGCACUUUUGAGGUCACCAUUGUCGACUCCCAACCUCGACUGGGGGGUCUCUGGCCAUCCCAGAGGGACGACAAUGGUGGCCUCAUCCAUCCUCUCAUGGUCGCCAACCAGAGCAAACACACCGUCCAAUUCAGUGAUCUUGCUUGGCCCGAAGAUGCCCCUGAGUUGCCGCAAGCGUGGCAGGUUGGCCAGUAUCUAGAUCGGUACUACAAAGCGUACUGCCUCGCGGCAGAGCUAUGCCUAGAAACUCGCGUUGAGAGGACCGAGAAAACUCGUUCUGGAUCCUGGCGUGUUUGGACUCGCUCAAAGGAUGGAACUCUGGGAGAACGUCCCUUUGAUUAUCUCCUCGUUGCUUCGGGCUAUUUUGGGAAGCCAGCAGUCCCUGGGUCCGACGUGAUUCCUGAGCAUCCCGAAGUACCCGUCAUCCACAGCAGCAAGUACCGAAAUUUGAAGGAUAUGCUUGGAGGAGGUAAACCCAAAGGGGGCAAGAUUCUUGUUGUCGGAGGCCAAAUGUCAGGCGUUGAGAUUGCCGGCACCAUUGCUACACACUUGUCUUCUGUCACGAACUCGCCUGGAACAAGCCCAAUAGCGAACCCUGAGAAAUACUCUGUCCAUCACAUUAUUCAAAAACCGGUCUGGGUAAUGCCAAUGUUUCUAUCACCAAAGGCAAGCUCACCGGCACCCCCCUUCCUGCCGUUGGACUUGGCGUCCUAUAACCUCUCCAACCGUCCCCACCCAUUGACGAAUACGCAAGGUCACAUUACCGAGGAGUCAGCAAUUCGAACCAGUUCCCUUUACGAAACUGCUCUCGGAACAGACCAGUCCAUCUAUUCCCCUGCACUCGCCUUCACCCACAAGGACCAUGCCAACCCACAGUUCAUAGCAGUCAGCGACAACUACAACGAGUUCGUCCGGUCAGGGCUCAUCACUGUGACCCAGGGCAAACUGGACAAGCUUUCCGGUCAUGAGGCUAUCAUCUCGCCAACAGGGGGCAAAGUCGACGACAUUGUAGCAGUGGUUUUGGCGACUGGCUUCAAAGCAUCUGACUCAAUCUCCUUUUUACCGCAGGAAGAACUGGAGACGCUUUCUCUUUCUCCAGACGAUCUGAACAACACCGUUGCGUUGGCAUUCCAUGGCACAUAUCACCCUUGCAUUUCCAACCUUGGAUUCGUGGGAUUCUACCGAUCUCAAUACUGGGGUGUGAUGGAGAUGCAAGCUCGAUUUGUCACGACUCUCUGGAACGCCGGCGGAUCAGGAUCUGUUGCUCUGGCCCAAGCCCUGAAACAAGCUUUGGACAAGGACAAGUCUAUUCAACGGACGAUCGCACUUCGGGACGACCCACGAGCAUCUCAGUUCCCCAUGGGAGACUACGCCUGGCUCAUGCAAGAAUUUGCCACAGCAUUGGAAAUGGAGCGUGUGGACCAUCUCGGUGCUAUGCCCGCACUCCCCCCUGCUGGCAACGAGAUGAACAUUCUGACUCCGGCGCGAUAUCCAUCGAAGAGGCUUAACGAGUUUCAGCAGCCGGAGUUCACGAAAUCUCUAAAGCAGACCGAAGCAACAGUAUGGGCAGGUGUAUCAUCUGGCAAAUUUGUCGCAAAGGCCGUGUUUCGGUCUCUACUGGGAGAGUGGAAGCUGGAGAGGAAACUCACAAGCAAGCUUCCCAGUCACCCUAGCGGUCAUUUCAGCGGUACGGCCAGGUUCUUGCUCCGGGAGGGCACAAGAGAUGGUCGCGAAGCCGAAUUCGACAAGAUUGUCCAAGAAGGCGGUGAUAUCGGCAUGGAGUACCUGUACAUCGAAGAAGGCGACUUUGAGGCCGACAGCGGCUUCACCUUCCGAGCCACUCGUCGCUACAUUUGGCGCUACAACGAGAACAAGGACGAGCUCAGUGUCUGGUUUGCGAAGACGGAUGAUCAGAAGAGGGCCGAUUACCUCUUUCACAAGGUGGAAUUUACGGUGCCAAAGGACGAUAACGAAAAGAGCUGGAAGGCGACGGCUGGACACAUGUGUAUCAAGGAUUAUUACGACGUCAAGUAUGACUUUCGCUUCAAGGCGGUCAACCUGGUGGAUUGGAAUUUGGCGUACACUGUCAAUGGCCCGCAGAAGGAUUACACGAUCGAUGGCACCUACACCCGUUGA